AUGUCUUCAGAGAGCAAACCAGACAUCGAACAAGGCGCGAAGCAGAUCCGCGCUUCAGUGCUCCAUGGCGCAAAAGAUCUAAGAAUCGAAAACCGCUCACUCUUCCCACCUUCCCCAACAGAGCUCCAAAUCAGCAUUCGCAGCACCGGUCUCUGUGGGUCAGAUCUUCACUACUACAGGCAUUAUCGUAAUGGCGACAUUAUCGUGCGAGAACCCAUGUCGCUCGGUCACGAGUCGGCUGGCGUAGUAGUAGACGUAGGCUCAGAGGUAUCAAAUUUCAAAGUCGGGGACAAGGUCGCACUGGAAGUUGGCCAGCCGUGUGAGAACUGCGACAGGUGUAAAGAAGGGCGGUAUAACAUUUGCAAAGGCAUGAAGUUCCGGAGUAGUGCAAAGGCGUUCCCGCAUGCCCAGGGUACUUUACAAGACCGGAUCAAUCACCCGGCUGCUUGGUGCCACAAGCUACCAGACGACAUGUCCCUAGAUCUAGGAGCUCUCCUCGAGCCUCUGAGCGUGGCCAUUCAAGCAUCGAAACGCGCACAACUAGCACCAGGUUCAACUGUAUUGGUGUUUGGAGCCGGAGCUGUAGGCCUACUGGUCGCGGCUAUGGCCAAGAUAUCAGGUGCAGGUACAGUGGUAAUAGCAGAUAUUGAUGCUGGACGAGUGCAAUUCGCAGUCGAAAACAAGUUUGCGCACCGCAGCUUCACAGUACCUAUGAAGCGUGGAAGCACGAUAGAAGAGCAGCUAGACAUCGCCAAGGAGGUAGCUGCCGAGGUCGGAAAGCUGUCAAAGGAGAGCGGCGGUGAAGUUGGUGAAGUAGAUGCCGUAUUUGAGUGCACUGGUGUGCCAUCCUGUGUGCAAGCAUCGAUAUACGCAACACGACCAGGUGGCAAGGUUCUGCUAAUUGGUAUGGGUACACCCAUCCAAACACUUCCCAUCUCCGCAGCUGCCCUUCGCGAGGUCGACAUCCUCGGUGUAUUCAGAUAUGCGAACACGUACCCAACUGGUAUUGAAGUUGUAUCAAAGAAGGGUGAUGACUACCCGGCCUUCGCCAAGUUGGUAACACAUACUUACAAAGGCUUGGAGUCCGCAGUAGAGGCGUUUGAGAUGGCUGGAAAAACAAAAGACGACAGUGGGAAGCUGGUCAUCAAGGUUGUACUUGAGACUGGCGAGGAAGACAAGGCCAAUCUCUAA